UUUUUUUUUUUUAAAUACAAAAGACUUCUAAGUAGCCUGCAAAAUAUAAGGACCUUCUCUUUGAGCUGCAGGAAUAGACUGGAAUCCCAUGUGUAGCAGAGCAACCGCUGCAGCUUGUGGAAUAACUUAGCCUCAGAUUGUUGGAUAGUUGCUGCUUCAGGGAUCCAAGGAACGGAUUUAAGCAACAACCCACCUUGUCUUCUGACUUUUCCCCUUGUAAAAAAGGUAACUCUACUAACCAAUGGCAUGGGUCAAGUUCUUCAGGAAGCCAGGGGGCAAUCUUGGGAAAUCCUACCAACCGGGGAGCAUGCUGUCUCUGGCCCCCACCAAAGGACUGCUGAACGAGCCGGGCCAGAACAGCUGCUUCCUCAACAGUGCUGUGCAGGUACUAUGGCAUCUGGACAUCUUCAGACGCAGCUUGAGGCAGCUGCCUGGACACUUCUGUCUGGGAGAGUCUUGUAUUUUUUGUGCAUUAAAGGGUAUUUUCUCCCAGUUCCAGCAGAGUCGGGAGCGAGCUCUGCCCUCUGACAACCUGCGUCACGCCUUGGCAGAGACCUUUAAGGACGAGCAGCGCUUCCAGCUGGGCUUCAUGGAUGAUGCCGCAGAGUGCUUUGAAAACAUACUGGAGAGGAUCCACCUGCACAUUGUGCCUGAGGAGACAGACGCCUGCACUUCAAAGUCUUGCAUCACACAUCAGAAGUUUGCUAUGUCACUUUAUGAACAGUGUGUGUGCCGUAGCUGUGGGGCAUCUUCUGACCCACUGCCGUUUACAGAGCUGGUGCAUUAUGUCUCCACCACCGCACUCUGUCAACAGACAUUGCAACGGAAAGAUGAGUCUUUUGGGGAAGUGUUACAAGCAGCAAGUACAAUCGGGGACCUUCGUAAUUGUCCAAGCAACUGUGGCCAGAGGAUCAGGAUCAGACGGGUCCUCAUGAACUCCCCAGAAAUAGUCACCAUAGGCUUUGUGUGGGACUCUGAACAGUCAGACCUCACUGAGGAUGUUAUCCGCUCACUAGGGCCUCUUCUCAGUCUUUCUUCGCUCUUCUACAGGGUGACAGAUGAGCAUGCCAAAAAGGGAGAGCUGCUGCUUGUGGGAAUGAUCUGCUACUCCAGCCGCCACUACUGUGCCUUCACCUUCCACACCAAAUCUGCCAAAUGGGUUUUCUUUGAUGAUGCAACAGUCAAAGAGGUUGGCUCCCGGUGGAAAGAUGUAGUCAGUAAAUGUAUCAAAGGUCACUUCCAGCCUCUCCUUCUUUUUUAUGCCAAUCAAAAUGGGAGUGCUAUCGCCACAGAAGAUGCCUCAAAACAAAACAGCAGCCAGUCCCACGGCAAGAACCCCAUUAAUGGAGAAGUGCAAGGCACUGAGUCUGUAGUUUCAGUCUCCCCCAAGAAGCUGGAGCUCACCAAAGAGAAUCUGAAUGCUCUGGGCCAAGAUCUUUUCAAACAGAAGACCCCUUCAACCCUCAGCAGGGGCAGCACUCAGACCAGUGGAGGACGGGCAGCAGUGAAAAGUAGCACCAGCAUUCGCAAGAACCAAAUAAGGGAGAUUUCUCAAGAAGUCGCCCAGAGAGCAGUAGAGAUGCGUAGGACGCAUUCACCCCGACGAGAGCCCGAUAGGAGUGGUCAACACAGGGUGGAGCCACGCUACAGAGAUCCAGCUCAUGACAGGACCUACUCCCGCUCUGCUUCACCUCCAGAGAAUGGCUUCAAGCAGUACAUGGAGACUCGACUGUACAGCAGCCAAGGAAAAGGUCCCACUCGGACUGAGCGAAUGCCGCAGCUUGGUGGCCGGUCUUCCCAUGAAAACGUUCGCUCAAGGCACCAAGUUCCACCCAGUGCUCCCCCUAUAACUAGCGGUCAGCACAGGCGGAGACAAGAGCUCAUGUCAAAUGGAUAUGAUACAGACAGCAGCCAAGGCUCCAGAGGGCGUCCCGGAAAUGGAGGGAACAGCCGCAGCAGGCCCAGUCGACCGUGGAAGCCCACGCGGGAAGUCCUAAAUGUAGACAGUGUUUUAAGCGAUGGAAAUGCAGUAAGCCAAGAACGACAGCAGCAGAGCCCUCGGAUGAGACCCAGCAGCCAGUCGCCCUUGCGCGAUCGAGAGCGAGACCGAGAUUUUACGUGGGGAGGCCGGGAAGAACGUAAACCCAAGAGCCUGAUGACCAUCUAUGAGGAUGAGCAGAGACAUGAAACUGGUGGCAGCCGAAGCUCGCUGGACUCAGACAGCCGCGGGGGCCACAUUGACAAGGACAGAUCAAAGGGCUCAGCAGCUCUUAAAGUGCGCAGUGACAACUGGAAGAUUCAGAGAACUGAAUCUGGAUAUGAGAGCAGUGACAGACUGAGCAAUGGCUCGGCUAAUCUCGAUUCGCCUGUUGUAGAGAACCUUUCUUCCAAGGACCUCCGGCCCAUCCCUGAGCUGCAUCUGAUGAGGGAUCCCUUUCCUCAGAGAAGAAGCGAUGAAUUGAAGACUGAUGUGUUGUACUCAGCCAUUUCCAUUAAUGAACCUCCUGAUCUGCUAGACUCCAAGAUGUUGUCUGGUCAGCCCCCACAAAGGACAAGAGCAUUCCGAUACACACCUGGGAUCUUGGAAAAGAACAGUAGCAUUGACAGCGAGCGAGAGCAAAAUGUGGACAGCAGCCGAUUCAGCCCUGUGCCUCCCUACUUAGCAAAGACCAGCAGUUCUGAGUGGAACAGCUCAGAUGACCUUGCUGGACCCCUUUCUGAACAAGAGGACAACGGCUCUGGCCACAUAGACUCUUUGUCUGUCAGCUAUCCCCCACCUUUAUCUCUCAAGACUUUUGGCAACAGCCUCAAUGACCCAUCUGGCAUCUACUCCUCACCUCCAGAGGUGCCAGAACGGUCGAACUCCCGCAGUGAACCCAAAAAUGGCCUGUUCCCCAACUCGCACACAGCCCUCCGGCGGUGGAUUGAGACACCUGGCGAGAACAGGAUUUCAUCGGACGCCAGCUCCAAGUCUGGGUCCUCAGACCAGGAGAGGAACGAUCUGUCGGCCAGCGAGAGCGACGAGAGGUUACCCAGCCCAAAGUCCAGACACGAUGACGGUACAAACUCCCCCACUCUGACAGAUAGGGUUCUUCCCACCACUUACUUUUCAGUGGAUAACUGUAUGACAGACACUUACCGGGCCAAAUACCAUAAGAAGUCAGCCUUGUACAUGAGAGUGCAGGACCACACGUCAUCAGGGGAGAGCGAUGCGGAAGGCAGGGGGCACCCUUUCACAGAUGUUCAAACACUAGAGUCUUCUAAAAGCAGAACAGAAUCAGGCAUUUCCACUACUAAGACUAUUGCGAAGUGGAAUCCAGUUACUCCAAGAGGACUUGAUGAGCAUGGUUACCUAUGAUUGACUCUGUGAUGGCUGGACGCCAAAAAGAAUUGUUAAGCGCUGUGACUGCUACAGACUGACUAACUGGAGGGGGGGUGUUUUCUCACAUACUCGUCAGGUAGUUGGACAUGAAACUGGAUGCCAAAGAGAUUGUAAAAAGAAUGGCAGGUGUCUUUAAUUAGCUGCUUGGCUACUAAAAGCUUUGAAUAAUGAAUUUGCACAGUAGAGCGCAGGUAGAAAGGUACAAACAGAAUUAUGCCUAAAAUAUUUUUGCUGGACUUUUGGAGCACAAAAGCAGAGGGUCAGGAUGGUAAAGAAUGUGUCACGUAAAGCCACUUUACUACGCAACAGUUUAAGAGAUUUCUUUAUUUCUUCUAGUCCUUUUCUUCCUGCACAUCCUGUGGAAUGCUUUGAUUUAACUAUUCCCUUUUCGGUGAUGUGAGGUGUCUGCCCCAGUUCUGUCUGUUUUUGAUAUAUUAUACCUGCCUGUCAGUGGGUUUUGAAGAAGAGGUUUCAGUUGUGGUCAGAGCUUUGUAGAUAUGCUUUUUAAAAAAAAAAAAAAAAAUGGAUCCCAAGGAUCCGCGUGAAUGUGAAUCUUCCAGGACAUCCACGUUGGCUUUUUGGCUGAUGAGACAUCUUUGCACAAUCCAUAAAGCUAACAGCCGUGGAUCCUUGUUUGUACGAGUUUAACGACCUAUGCAAAUAACCAGCGUAGGACUUUCUUCCCUCUCUGCCUCUGUCAAACCUUUCACAAGAGGAGGUUUGAUACACGAGAAUCGCUGACCACGAGUGAGGGUGCUGGGGCUUAUAAAGGUGAUGGGUGAAUAUGUUAAACUGAGUGCCUGCUGGUAGAAAAGUGUGGUGGAUCCCUACUCCUCAUUGACACCUGCACAUAUUCUAUUGUCUUUACAUAUUUACUUUUUUAUAUAUGUAUGUGUCUUUGCACUGUUUUCCUUGCCCCCCCCCCCUUCACACUCCUUGGUAAUAUUAUUUUUGUCUUUAGAAGAUUUCAGUCACCUGAUUCUUAAAUAGCUUCCCUGAGCAGCACGUCUGCACUUGGAGGACAUGAAAGAUUUAAUUGUGUGAUCAGACAUUGCUUUGCUUUUUUUUUUUUUUUUUUUUUUCCUUAAGGGAAUUUUUAAUAUGUUGUGACUUUCACCGGUUUAAUUUUUUUUUUUU